GAGAUGGCUUCAGUGCUCUAUCUCUGCCUGCUAACUGUUGCAACAAGUGCCUAUGGUGCAGAGGUUGAAGAGAAGCUAAUGAAUCAUCUCCUGAACCCUGAGAGAUACAAUAAGCUGAUCCGACCAGCCAAGAACAACACUGAGCUGGUCUCUAUUGUCUUUCAGGUCUCACUGGCACAGCUCAUCAAUGUGAAUGAACGUGAACAGAUAAUGACAACAAACGUUUGGUUAAAACAGGAAUGGGUGGAUUACCGGCUCAGAUGGGACCCUGAGGAAUUUGAAGGGAUCAACAAGCUCCGGAUCAACUCCAAGCUCAUCUGGCUCCCAGACAUCGUACUGUACAACAACGCUGAUGGAACCUAUGAAGUCUCCCUGUACACCAAUGCCAUCAUCUGGUGCAAUGGAAGCAUCUAUUGGUUGCCACCUGCCAUCUACAAGAGUGCCUGCAAAAUUGAAGUGAAGCAUUUCCCUUUUGACCAGCAAAAUUGCACCAUGAAAUUCAGGUCGUGGACCUAUGACCACACGGAAAUUGACAUGAUUCCCAAAACAGAUAGUGCAAGCAUGGAUGAUUUCACACCCAGCGGGGAGUGGGACAUAGUGUCACUUCCAGGGAGAAGGAACACAAAUCCAAUGGACCCAGCUUAUGUAGACGUGACGUAUGACUUCAUCAUUAAGAGGAAACCCCUCUUUUACACCAUCAACCUGAUUAUACCGUGUAUACUCAUAACCUCACUCGCCAUUCUGGUGUUUUACCUACCAUCAGACUGUGGCGAGAAGAUGACUCUGUGUAUUUCGGUUUUACUGGCUCUCACUGUGUUUCUGUUGUUGAUCUCCAAGAUUGUCCCUCCAACUUCCUUAGAUGUUCCACUGAUUGGGAAGUAUCUCAUGUUCACCAUGGUCCUGGUGACAUUUUCUAUAGUGACCAGUGUCUGUGUACUAAACAUUCACCACCGUUCCCCCAGCACCCACACCAUGCCCCAAUGGGUGAAGACCAUAUUCCUGGAGAGGCUUCCAGCCCUGCUGUUCAUAAAAAGGCCUCAAAACAAUUGCAAUAAACAAAAGAUGUCCCAACACAGGAAGAACAACGUCUGCAGUGCUCACAUGAAUCCAGAAGAGAACAACAAAAACUCCACCUUCUUUAUAAACCCAACAUCUACCAAAGUCUAUGACUUGAAUGUAAUAGAGGCACCUGAUGGGUUUGGCUGCCAUCAAGACGUGAGACUAAGAACUUCCACAAAACACUCACUGGAGCUGCAGGAAGCCAUCGAAGGGGUGAAAUUCAUUGCGGAUCACGUGAAAAGUGACGAUGAGAAUCAGAGUGUAAAUGAAGACUGGAAAUACGUAGCCAUGGUAGUGGACCGACUGUUCCUCUGGAUUUUUAUCGUGGUUUGCAUUUUGGGGACAAUUGGAUUAUUUCUGCAACCGUUUUGCCAACCACACCAUCACUGA